UAUGGACUAGUGCACUAUAUAAGGCAUACGGGGGAAAAACAUAAGAAUUUCAGAUAUGUGAUAUUAUUCCUGUGGAUCCUGUGUCAAGUUUUCCAUCAUGUGAUCGGAGUCACAAGUGCAUAAUUCAUCAUGUGAUUGGAUACAAGGGUGCAGCAAGGACCUCGAUUCUCAACAAGGGAUUUAUUUCUGGAGGUAGGAUCAUAUUGUCAAGAGUGUAACCCCAUAAUACUAUGAUUCUCCAGCCCUAUUUUCAUAAAAAUAGCCGGAAUGUGCUCUCAUUGCCAACUCUGAGUGUCUGAGAGCCUCUCAUUGAGUCUAAUCCACCAACACCUGCAACACUCUCAUAUAUGCACAUAGGUUUAUUUAUCAAUGAAUGAGGAAAGUUCAAGCUGGAAACUCCACAGAUGGAACCAUUUAGUCAGAGGAUCCCAACUUGCUGCAUGGUCUAUUGCCAAGAAAUUCCCAAAAAUGACUUUCCUGAUGUGCUUGAAACAAAUUCAAGUGAUUUAAAGAGCAAAACCCAAAGAUUGUUGUUUUAACUUUCCUCAGUCAAGGACAGGUUUUAUGGAUGAAGGAUUAAAUAAGCACCAUGUUUAAACCUUACCACUGUUACUUUUAAAACAAAGGUACUUUUUAAUAAAGUGUAUCAAAUGACUGAAAGGUUUAUAAGAACAAUACCACUGAAUGCUAACUUGAGUGAACUUGGUUUACCAAAAUUGGAAGAAAAUGGCCGAAGCUACAGAAUAUAAUGUCACUGAAAACAUGCUUUCUUCCACUGACCUUCCCUUCAAUUUCACCAUUGAAUAUGAGGAUUUUCAGACAGAGUCCAAUGCUAGCAAGAUCAUCAUCCCUUCUAUCUAUGCCCUAGUCUGCUGUGUGGGCAUCAUAGGAAAUGCUAUGGUUAUAUAUGUCAUCCUCAAGUAUGCCAAGAUGAAAACAGCGACCAAUAUUUACAUUUUGAACCUUGCAAUUGCUGAUGAACUCUUCAUGUUGAGCGUUCCGUUUCUGGCCACAUCAGCUGCGGUGCGUCACUGGCCCUUUGGAUCGCUGAUGUGUCGGCUGGUCCUUAGCGUGGACGGCAUCAACAUGUUCACCAGCAUUUUUUGCUUGACUGUGCUCAGCGUGGACCGCUAUAUUGCAGUGGUGCACCCCAUCAAGGCAGCACGCUACCGCCGACCUUCUGUCGCCAAAGUGGUUAACGUCUGCGUGUGGGGACUUUCACUUCUUGUCAUCUUGCCCAUCAUUAUCUUUGCAGACACUGUUCCAGCGCAGGAUGGAGGGGUAGACUGUAACUUUCUGUGGCCUGAGUCGUCAUGGUCAGAAGCAUUUGUGGUCUAUACCUUCUUGCUGGGCUUCUUGCUUCCCGUGGCAGCUAUCUGCCUGUGCUACUGUUUGAUUGUAGUGCGUAUGCGAGCAGUAGGCCUCAAGGCAGGAUGGAUGCAGCGGCGGCGUUCCGAGAAGAAGAUCACUUGUAUGGUGCUACUAGUGGUUGCUGUCUUCGUGCUUUGCUGGAUGCCCUUUUACAUAGUGCAGCUUGUGAGUGUGUUCUGCCAGCCACCAGACCCCAUGGUGACUCAGCUGUUUCUCAUUCUAAGCUAUGCUAACAGUGGUGCUAAUCCUAUACUAUAUGGAUUUGUGUCUGACAACUUCCGGCGCUCCUUCCAGAGAAUUGUCUGCUUCCGCUGGUUGGAGAGUGGUCCAGAUGCAGAGCAGGUGGACUACUAUGCUGUGGCCCUCCGUCGUCAAACAACAUGUGGUCCACAGGACUUCCCUAAAGAGUGCUGUUUAGCCUCUGAUAUGGUGUUUCGCAAUGGAACAUGUACCUCUCGUACCACUACCCUGUAAACUUUUCUUUGACUUUUCUCCAAAGCAAACAAAAAAAUUCAUGUUUUCACAUGUAAACAAUUUUAACUGUUAAUUUACAGUAAGUUUACAAUCAUUU